CCAGAGACUGUCACAAUUUUGUAAAAACAAUUUUCACUUCACAGUCUCCAAGCAAAUAGUCAAAAAAUAGUUAAUAAUUUUACCAUGGGUCGUACUCGUUCGGAUAGGGAUCGUACUCGGGGUGAGCCAACGUCGCCUCGCCAUCGUCCUACGCGCUCCAAUGCAAUCUAUCUGAUCAAGACUCGUCUGGAGCGUCGUCCGGGACGUCCUCGUUCAUCGUGGGACAUUCCACCGACGGGCUACUCCCAUCUCACUCCGAUCCAGUACAAGGCGAUGCAGGCCAGUGGCCAGAUAGCUUCUCGGAUACUGCCAGAGGCACAGCCCUCGGGGGAGUCGGCCGCGAUUGCAAUGGUCACCCGGCAGGCGCGUCGCCUGUAUGUGGGCAACAUACCUUUUGGCAUCACCGAGGAGGACAUGAUGGAUUUCUUCAAUCAGCAGCUCAAGGCCCUGGGAUUGAACAAGCACAAUGGUGAUGGCAAUGCGGUGCUCACUUGCCAGACCAAUUUGGAGAAGAACUUUGCCUUCCUCGAGUUCCGGUCGAUGGAUGAGGCCACUCAGGCCAUCAAUUUCGAUGGCAUCAAUUUUCGUGGACAGAAUCUGAAGAUCCGUCGGCCCCAUGACUAUCACCCGGUGGCCUCCAUCAGCUGCGCUGAGGAGUACAACAAGCCCCUGGCCACCACCACAGCUGCCUAUCCACCGAUAGAGGUCACUUCCUUGUCAAAUAGUACCAUCUCGAGCUCUGUGCCGGAUUCAGCUAACAAGAUCUACAUUGGGGGCCUGCCCUCGUGCCUGGGAGAGCCACAGAUUAAGGAGUUGCUGCUGUCCUUUGGCCAGCUGCGUGGCUUUAAUUUGAUCAAGGAUUCGGUGUCGAAUUUGAGCAAGGGUUUCGCCUUCUUCGAGUAUGUCGACCCGGCGGUCACGGACCAGGCCAUUGCCGGAUUGAAUGGCAUGCAGCUGGGGGAACGCAAGCUGGUGGUUCAGCGUUCGAUUGCGGGUGGCAAAAUUAUGGCCAAUCCACCGGUGCCUGUCCUUCAGGUGCCGGGGCUAAGUGCCUCUGUCCUUACCACGGGUACACCCACCGAGGUUCUCUGUCUGCUUAACAUGGUGCUGCCCGAGGAGUUGCUGGAUGAUGAGGAGUAUCAGGACAUCCGUACGGAUAUUCAGCUGGAGUGUGCCAAGUAUGGUGAGGUGUGCAGCCUCAAGAUUCCACGUCCCAUCGGGAAAUCGCACUCGCCACAAGGCUGUGGCAAGGUCUACGUUCAGUUCGAAUGCGUUGAGGAUUGCCAGAAGGCUUUGAAGGCACUCACGGGACGCAAGUUUAGUGGACGCAUCGUUAUGACCUCCUACUACGAUCCCGAAAAGUAUCAUGGCAAUCAUUUGCAAUAAAUAAUUAAUAGUAAUCAUAAUGUA